CGCGGGAGCCCGCGGCGCGGACAUGGCGGGCUGGUGGCGGGCGCUGUCGCGCGCGGCCCGGCGCCACCCGUGGCCCACCAACGUGCUGCUCUACGCCGCGCUCUUCUCGUCCGGGGACGCGCUGCAGCAGCGGCUGCGGGGCGCCCAGGCCGACUGGCGCCAGACGCGGCGCGUGGCCACCGUGACGGCCACGUUCCACGCCAACUUCAACUACGUGUGGCUGGGCCUGCUGGAGCGCGCGCUCCCGGGCCGCGCGCCGCGCACCGUGCUGGCCAAAGUGCUGUGCGACCAGGUGGUGGGCGCGCCCGUCGCUGUCUCGGCCUUCUACGUCGGUAUGAGCAUUCUCCAGGGAAAGGAUGACAUAUUUUUGGACCUGAAACAGAAAUUCUGGAAUACCUAUAUGAGUGGACUGAUGUACUGGCCCUUUGUACAGAGUGGUGACGGCACAUUCAAGUCAGCUCUUCCUUUUUUUCAAACCAAGGGGAGCAGUGCCAUCAAAGGGUCCCCGGAGAAAUGAGAAUUCAAGGACUCUCUUAAAGGGACCACAUUGUUGACCUAAAAUACAGGAUUGCCAGCAGACUGAAUACUUGAUUCGCCAAUUAUGUACUUCAUGUGGAGGAAUUACUACUAUUUGUUGACCCACUUGUUUUUUAAAUUAUCCAUGAUUAUUUGUGAACUGUAUUCAUUUUUUCCUGUUUUAGUCUGAAAGCUUUACUUCUCUAAUACUUUGGUUAAUAUGAAUGAUAGUGGCAAAAUGGCAUUUUAGAAUUAUUAAUAUUUCUAAUAUUUUAAAGCGAGUUUCAGGAAACUUGGUUUUGAGUCUUUACAUUUCUAUUCUAAAAUCUCAGGUUAUCUCCUGAACAUUUUUGGGCCAGGUGAACUUUUCUACCAAAAAAAUAGUCCUUAUACUGAAUUUUAAUUUACAUAUAACUCAAUCGAAAUGAAGAUUUAAUAACCAGAUUUCUUUCCCCAAAACAUAAAUAAUUUUUUUGCUAUUUUGAUACUAAAGUUUAGUCAGCACCUAUCUUUCUGUCCUUCUUCCUUCUUUCUUUCUUUCUUUGCUUCUUUCUUUUUUCUU